UGGCUACAGGAAGCUUAAUAUGCAAACUACAUGACUGUUUUGAACGGAAUUGACUUGUGUAGACAACAAACAAAACACAGUCUAUUGUAAUCUCAGUUUCAACAUGGCUGAAAGGGGUACUGAAGGUUGGGUUAAGUUCUUCCGGGAAGCAGGAAUUCCUGCAGCAAUAGCUGCAGAUUAUGCUAUUACAUUCAAUGAUAAUCGCAUACAGAGGAAUAUGCUGUUGGAUUUGAACAGAGAAAUACUAAAGGAAAUGGGCAUUACGUUGAUAGGAGAUGUCAUUGCAAUAUUGAGACAUGCAAAAACAGUUCAUGACAAGAGAGCACGAGAAAGAAUUUUGGCUGCACAAUCAUCACCACAAAAGUCUGCAUCCCGUGGCCAAAAAGAUGGAACAGAGACAUCAGUAAAGGCAAGGAAACACAACGCAUCAAAAGAAUCGGGAAAACAGCCUCUCUCACUGGCUGCUCAAAAUGAAGUGGUGACUGUGGCCCCAAAGAAACGUAUUGCACCUGUUCAGUCUGAAAUUGCAGUCAGGCAGAAUGAAGAAGAGGAUACCAGCAUGGAGGUGGAUGAUGAAAUAAAAGUCAUCACACCAGUUCAACCACCCACAAAGAAGGCACGCAUGGUUCUACCAGAGCAUGAAGGUGGUUACCGCAUCACCAUGCCUGCAGGCACGACACCUCGAAGUCGUGCCAUCCUUUCAAUGGUUGCAGCGAGGCAAUCAAACAAGCACCGUGGAACAGUGUUUGACCGCCUGGGAGAAUGUGUUGUGUCGAGCACUACAGGAGGAGCGACUCCUCCUGAAGAACCAGCCGGUGCUGGAACGACAGUCAUUACUGUCACAGGAGUAACUCCCAGUCCGAACAAGGUAGGAAAUUCAGUAUUUUCCCGUCUAGGAGGAAAGAAAGCAGCUGCAUCACCUGUCGCAAAUUCAGCAACACCCAUGCGUGCUAUGAGGUCGAGUGGGCCGGUGUCAGGGCAGCUGCAGUAUGCAGGCAUACUUAAAAAGAAUUCCAAUUCACCGUCAAGGAAAGGCACUAUUGUAAUAAAACAAAAAAAGACUGGGACCAUGCGAGCAGAUGAGGAAACAGGAACUGCAAAAGAACGAUUGGGACUGAAGGAAGAUGGUCAAAAAGGGAGCACACCUAUUGAACCUGCAGUGGUCAGAAAGAUCCUUUCAACAACAGGAAAGAUGUCUGCGGGAAUACUGAGCAAUCCAGAAAAUGCUACUACUCGGAGCGUGAAAACGAGGUUAGGUGUUACGAUAACUAGUAGACAACCAUUAAAACAGGCUGGCUUUAGACCGCGUAUUACUGGCCCAAGUAGUGAAAGUGGAACACCAGUCAUGAAGAUUGUGCCUGGAAUAAGAAAUUCUUUUGGCAGGAGUUUUGUGUCUCGAGGUGGCAGCCAGUGGAGGGGCGGCAGAUUUUCAUCAAGACUGGCAGGGAGGCCCAGUUUUAGGCGCUAGUUCCUCUCUUAUCGAGACUGUAAUAUUCCUUGUAUGCAAAUGAAUCUGUCGAUGAUAAUAAUAGAAUGAUUGUAAUGUUGUAUAAUUAAAAAGAAUGAAGGCUCUUGUCACAUGGAGUGUGGGGCAUUUUAUGGAAGUGAACAAUAACAGGCUGAUUCCAGGAUGUGUGGAGUGAAAAAUUGGAGAUAUAGCCCACUCUGUCAGAUAAAAGUAUACUUGUUGAGCUCUGUGUUACUAUUAUUACAGUAACUAUUUUUCUAAUGAUCUGUUAAUGUAUGCAUGAUUAUUGAUAAAGGAUACAAUGUCCUAUUCAUUUCAGUACCCUUUUGCAAAUAUAAUGGCAUGUUAACAGGAAAUCAAAAAGAAUGCCAACAAAAUUUAUUUUUAUGUGGUAAGAUGUGCAGUUGAAAUUUUUAUUCUACUUCUUCUUCUUUGUUGCUUUUAAGUGCAUAACAGUUUGACAAAUGUAUGUAUUUAAGAUUGUGUGGCAUCAUCUACUCACAAGUAGAAAAAAUGAGACAUGUUGAAUAUGGUUUGCUUCUCCUUUUCCUUCAUAAAAUUAAAGCAGUCUAAGUUAAGAAAAUUAAUCCCCUAAAGCAUCUGAAAUUCCAUUGUAUUUCAAACUGUGUUAAGGAUAGCUGUAAACUGCUCUACUUACCAAACUAACAUGCUACAAUAUCUGUAACAUAAUUUGAAUUGUAUGUUUCAUUAGCAAAUCCUAAUCAUGUAUUUGUAUUUCAUUUGUAUAUACUUUAGUCUGAAUUGCUUGUGUGCAGAAUAUUGCCUUUGUCAUUUACAGUCUGUCCUAGUUUUUUGGGACACAAUUGAAAAUAGAAUCCUGAAAUAUUUUUUUUGCCUAAUGAUGUGAAAUUAGAUCUGAUUUGUAGUCAGUGAUGAUACUCCAGAAACUAUUAUACCUUGUUUCACAAGUAAAAUGUCUGUCUUUUAUAAUGCUAUUAUUCGUAGUAUACUGAAAUUGCUUACAAAUUUUUGGUAACUUAGGGGGUGGUUUAUUGCAGGUAAAGGCUUUGUAAUAAUUCCACAAAUACAUCUUAGUUUUCUUUCCUUGAAUGUAAAGGAAUUAAAAUGUGUAUGUACUUUAUCAACUAUUAUAUAUACAUAUUUCUUGUUUUUAUUUAUAAUGAAUUCAGUUACUUAUUAUGUUCAUUGUUCCAUCUUUUUAGUGUUUACCUGCUACCUUUUUUUGUAUUUAUUAUGUGCUUUCUCAGAACCAGAGCAUCUGCUUGUUUUUCUAAAAGGUAAUUAUGUUAUACAGAUUUGUAAACUGUUUCAGAUGUUUGUAAUUUUUAUUUGAAGUGGGUGAGAAUUUCGUUGGAAUUGUUAAUAAUAAUUUAAUCCUUGAAUUGCA